AUGUCCGGUCACGACGCCCACCUACAGCAGUUUCUCGAGGAGGAAAAACGCAAGGCGGUGUUCAACGAGGUCGUGGCAAAGCUCACGGAGACGUGCUUCGAGAAGUGCGUGACGUACGCGCCGGGAUCGAAGUUUUCGUCGAGCGAGUCGUCGUGCCUCACGAAUUGCGCGUUGCGUUACCUGGAGAGCGGGCAGGUCAUCUUGGGGCGGUUACAAAACAUGGGUCAGUGA